AUGAAAGACAAUAAAACCUUUCAUUUGAAUGAGACGUCUGUGACCUGGACUCAGGCUCAGAGCUACUGCAGACAGCAUCACACCGACCUGGCCAGUGGACUCGAUCAGAUAUACAGUGAAGAGUUUAAGAAGCUGCAGAACUCUAAAGAACUGUGGAUCGGCCUGUUCAGAGACACCUGGAGGUGGUCAGAUGGGAGUAACUUCUCUUUCAGAUACUGGGACAUGGACUCAUUUAAUGAUGGACUAAACAACAUGAAAUGUGCUACGACUCUGUUAGAGAGAUCAGGAAGAUGGAGCUCUGAUGGAUGUGACCAAAGAAAGCCUUUCUUCUGCUAUGAUGAUAAACUGAUUCUGAUCAGGGAAGAUAAAACCUGGGAGGAAGCCUUGAAUUACUGCAGAGAGAAACACCAUGACCUGGUUUCAAUCAGCAACCCUCAUGAGCAGCGAUGGGUCCAGGAAAGAGCCAAAAACGCCUCGACUCCUUUCGUGUGGCUGGCACUGCGCUACACCUGCACUCUGGGUUUUUGGUUCUGGGUCAAUGACAAGCUAGUGUGCUAUGAGAGGUUUGCUUCAGGGGGAAAGACAGAAGACUGUAGCAUGUCUGCAGCCAUGACCACAGGAGGGCAGCACGAGUGGGGGGCGUGUCCAAAUGAAGCCUGUGUUGAGGCCCAAAGAGGCCCAUAG